UCUCAGAGGAUCAAAAAUGGCAACUCACGUUCAGAUAAUAUGGUUUCUUCUUUCUUUCCUCCUUUUUCUUCAGACAGAACAGACAGUGUUUCUAUCUGCUAAGGAUGCAAACAAAGUUAUUACAAGGGCCAAGCGAGCCCGUUUCUUUUUUUUUGAGGAGUUCCUCCAAGGCAACUUGGAAAGAGAGUGCCUUGAAGAAAGAUGCUCACUCGAAGAGGCAAGGGAAGUGUUUGAAGAUGACAAAAAGCUUAAAAUAUUUUGGAAUGGUUACUUUGGUGGCAGCCAGUGCUCCUCAAAUCCAUGUCUGCAUAAUGGCAUGUGCAUGGACAACAUUCGCAGUUACACGUGCAGUUGCACUAGUGGCUAUGAAGGAGACAACUGUGAACUAGCUGAAAAUGAGUGCCACCACAAGACAAGUUAUGGAUGUCAACAUUUCUGCUAUCCAGGCUCGCUCUCUUACCGCUGUUCAUGUGCAAAUGGCUACGAACUAGGAAAAGAUAAAAAAUCAUGUAUCCCAAAAGAUAAAUGUGCAUGUGGCAGAUUUAAAGACACUGUAAAAACAACAAAGAUGGCUGAAAUGGAAAACAGUCUUGCCAGAGAAUUCCCUUGGCAGGUCCUGUUGCUAAAUUCAGAAGGGAAGAGUUUCUGUGGAGGUGUGCUAUUGGCCAGCAACUUUGCGUUGACUACAGCUGCAUGUGCCCUUCUGCACAGUCAUUUUGUGAUCAAGGUUGGGGCUGGGAAAGAUGGAAUGACUGGAGCUGGGCAGAUAAUGCAUGUGAAUGAGAAACACAUACAUAUCCGAUAUGAUAAAGAUACUGGUGAAAAUAAUGUUGCAUUGAUACAACUGCAAGAGCACAUCGAGUGUAACAGCUACCAGCUUCCUAUAUGCACCCCUGACAGAGACUUUGCAGAACACGUUUUGAUUCCUGAGCUGGCUGGGAUGGUCAGUGGCUGGAAAAUUGAAGGAACAGAACUUACUGGAGUGUUAAAAGAGUUGCACGUUUCACACCUCCUUAUAAAGGAAUGUGAACAACUACUCAAUACAAGCCUUACAAACAGGGAAUUUUGUGGGCAUCACCAAGCACCUAUGGACGAGCAGCUGGCUGGAGGAAAUUUUGUUGCCGCUGAUUAUAAAGGCACUUGGUUUCUGACAGGCAUUAUGGGAACUUGGCCAACAGAAGCAACUAACCCAGAAAUAUUUCUUUUCACCAAGACUGCAAGAUAUAUGAUGUGGUUUAAACAAAUCAUGGUAUAAAAAGAAUCCCUAUGGCAUGAAAUCCCUGUGAUUGAAAUAUAUGCUUUGGAUUCAACAAUUGUACCAGUGUCAUCAAGGACAGCACCCAGAUACUGAAGAUGUCAUAUUUAUCCUGUAAAUAUUUAGCUAUAUUCACCCAUAAAUACCAAAACUCAGUAUAUUUCCUAGUCUGUCUUUCCUCCCCAUUGGAGAAAGCCUCAUCUUGAAUUUGAGUACUAGCCUGGGCCACGUGGCUGCUCCAGCUCCAGCUCCAAACUGGGCCCAGACUAUAGCCUCUG